UGGUCUUUUUUUUUUCCAAAGAAUGCAAGGUUGUUAUAUAUCAAACUUGUGUCCUGAAGGUUCUCUCAUGGCUUCUGUACUGGUUAUCUGCUUCUUACUCUCUCUAGUUAUUUUGCAUACACGAGCUGAACUAGAAAAAAUUAGCCCAGGAUCUUCAUUAGUCCCCAACACUAGUCGCAAUUCCUGGCGCUCGGCGUCAGGUCAUUUUGCAUUUGGUUUCUAUCAACAAGGCAAUGAAUUUGCAGUGGGAAUUUGGCUGGUUGAUAAACCUAAUAUCACUGUUGUGUGGACUGCAAAUCGAGAUGACCUGCCAGUCCCCUUGAAUUCUACUAUUGAGUUCACCAAACACGGUCUUCUUCUUCGAACACACCGAGGUGAUGAGAAAAACAUUACUCAAUUAUCUGAGCAGCCUGCUUCAGCUUCUAUGCUGGAUUCUGGUAACUUUGUCAUCUAUGGCAAUGAAUCUCAGGUCAUAUGGGAUAGCUUUCAUAGCCCAACCGACACCAUAUUAGGUGGUCAAAGCAUAGUCUCUCAACUGGUGGCAAGCAGAUCAACAUCUGACCACUCGAGUGGGCAAUUUUAUCUCAAUGUAGACGGUGAUGGAUUGGCUGCCUAUCCAGUAAAUCAUACUGGUAUUCCGGAGGAAUGUUACUGGAAAGUAAAUAUCCUGAUUAGCCAUGCUUUCUUAGUGUUAAAUCUCAGUCUUAGCGGAGCUUUACAGUUAACCGCAGGAAAUGAGACUUUGCAAACUAUAGCCAAUAGCUCUUAUCCUGCAAACAGCAAGACUGUGAUUUACCGUGCUACACUUGAUCCUGAUGGGAUUUUAAGGCUAUACUCGCAUCGCUUUGAGAUCAGUGGUAACUCUAAUGUGACCACUAAGUCAUCUGCAAAGUUGAAGCAGUGUAAGGUGACCGGUUUCUGUGGUUUUAAUAGCUUCUAUUCUAGUCCUGGUGGCAUAGCUAAUUAUUACUGCUUUCCAGGAUUUAAGUACAUCAAUCCUGGUGUGAGGAAUCUGGGUUGCUACAAGAGCUUUAAUGAAGAAGAAGGUUGUGAAAGGAAUGAGCCAGAAGUGUUUCAUAACAUUACUGGUAUUGAGAAUACAAUGUUGGGAGGUUUUCCAUACCCUUUGCUACCAGUGAAUAAGGAAGAUUGCAAAGAGUCCUGCCUAAGUGAUUGUUAUUGUGCAGCUGCUCUGUAUUUGAACAGAACUUGUGGUAAACUGAAACUUCCACUGAUGUUCGGGACGGAAGAUAAAAACAUAUCAGCUACAGUCUUUAUCAAGAUGAUUUCAAGAAACAACAACACCGUCAGCACCCCACACACUCCGGAAAAUGAUGAAAAGGUUGUUUCUGAAAGCAAGAAAACCCUUAUCACAAUUCUUACAGCAAGUUUGGGUUUUAUGGCGUUCAUGUGUUUGCUCAUUGCAAUUUCUAGUUUCUUUGUAUACAAACACCGAGUGAGUAGAUACAGAAAGCUUCGCGGAAAUUCAAAUUUUGGUCUAACCAAAGAAUUCUCUCUGCAAUCAUUUUCUUAUAUUGAGCUGGAGCAAGCCACGAACGGGUUUGAGGAACUGUUGGGAAGAGGUCGUCCUGGAGCAGUCUAUAAAGGGGCUAUAUCUGAGGGUAACAAGACGGUUGCUGUGAAGCGAUUAGAAAGUGUUGGUGAAGAAGGAGAAAAGAAGUUUCGAGCAGAAAUGGCUGCAGUUCGUAGAACACAUCACAGGAACUUGGUGCGCUUGCUUGGUUUUUGCAUGGAGGGAUCCAGAAAGCUUCUCAUUUAUGAAUACAUGAGUAAUGGUUCUCUUGCAAAUUUCAUAUUCAAUGUUGAAAGGCGUCCCCUUUGGAAAGAAAGAGUGAGAAUUGCACUAGAUGUUGCGAGAGGAAUCCUUUAUCUUCAUGAAGAGUGCGAGAUCCAAAUCAUUCACUGUGAUAUCAAGCCCCAAAACAUACUUCUAGAUGAUUAUUGGACUGCUAAGAUCUGUGAUUUCAGCUUAGCAAAGUUCUCAAUGCCAAAUCAAUAUCUAACGGAUACGGGUCAUAGAGGGAGUAGAGGUUAUAUGGCACCUGAAUGGCAAACGAAUGGCCUAAUAACGGUGAAGUCUGAUGUUUAUAGUUUUGGAGUGCUGCUGUUGGAAGUGGUAUGUUGCAGAAGUUAUCUGGAAGUGAAUGUUUCAACAGCAGAUGAAGUGCUUCUUGCCACUUGGGUGUACAAUUGCUUUGUUGCUGGAGAGUUAAACAAGGUUGUUGGGGAGGAAGAAGUACACAUGAAAACCCUGGAAAGGAUGGUGAAGGUCGGAUUGUUGUGUAUUCAAGAUGACCCGAAUCUGCGUCCUGCUAUGAAAAAUGUGAUCUUGAUGUUAGAAGGAACUAUGGAUAUACCAGUCCCUCCAAUUCCUUCUAUAGUUAUCACUUGAUAACUCGAUUUCCAUUACUUAUCUUUUUGCUUUUCCAGAAACAUCAUUCCUGUGUCUCGUUCUAUGUAUCACAUAGUAUUUCUUGUUUUGCAGUAACUCCUGGAGUGUUGAGUUGUUUUUUUUUUUUUUUUUUUUUUUUUUCCCGAAAAGUGAAUAAAUUAUUUCUCUUUCAUUCCUGUAAUUUGA